AUGGGGAGAGCCAAGUUUAGAGAAAGCGAAAGAGAUGCCGGCGAAUGCCGCCUCUUCGUCGAAAACCUCAGAGCAGCAGCACUUGAAUGGUUCUCUCGCCUGAGGCAAAAUUCCAUUGGAAGUUUUUGCCAACUCACCUACGAGUUUCUUAAGCAGUACUCUUUGUUCAUAGACCGAGAAUCCUCAGAUGUCGAUCUAUGGAGCAUGUCCCAGGGAGAGGACGAAUCUCUCUGUGACUUCAUAAAACGGUUUAAGACCGUCAUUCCUAGAGUCAGCGGAAUAAGCGACAAAGUAGCAAUAGACGUACUCCGAAAGACGCUAUGUUAUAAGUCAAAGUUCAUGAAGUUGAUCACCUUUGAUAAGCCGCUUACGAUCCAAGACGCUCUUCAUAAAGCCGCGGACUACAUAAUUAUCGAAGAAGAGAUGAAAGUCUUGUCGCAAAAGCAGAAGCUGACGAAGACAUUGUCGAAAGAUCCCGGGUCGGAUCAGAAGUCUAAAAGGAAAAACCCUCGUAAUGACAAAAACGUCCAUCAGAGGGAAGAAGAGACCCAGGGAGCGCAUAACUACGCCAUCAACUCCGUAUCGGAGCAAGGCCGAACGAUGGGCAAUACAUGGACCCGAAAUCCGAAUUACGACGAGAACGCCUUCUGCGACUUUCACCAGGCCCACGGCCACUCGACCAUAAACUGCAAAGUUCUCGGCACUAGGGUUGCCGUGAAGCUUCUCGCGGGAGAACUGACCGAAGUGUCUAGCGUAAAAAAUCUCAUCCACGAUUCAGACCGCCCUCCAAGAAACAAUAAGCCCCCUAAAACGGAGAACUCUCUCCAAGAGAACCAAUCGAGAGAAAACCGUGGAAGGAGGCAGGACGAGAAUCGCAACGACAAUAGUCGCCGCAGAUUCAAUAUGAUCAUCGGAGGAUCGCAAUACUGCAGCGUUACCAUCUCUGCCAUCAAAUCUUACCAGCACAAGGCCGAGACGAGCGCGAACCUGGUCCGCGCCUAG